GACAGAGGGGACGUGCCAUACACAUAGACAUUAUAACAAGGCCAUACAGUCACCGGGACGUGCUCGCGCUCGGCCACCGUGCGUGAGUGACAGUCGGGAAGUACAUCUGAAACGGAGAGAAUUCAGUUGCAAUCUGUUGGUUUGUUAAAUUAAUUGUGGGCUUUUUAAAGCAGUUUGAUAAAUGUUAAAAGGGUGAAAACAUAGACCAGGAGUUUUAACGGGAAGAAACUGACAUUGUUACGAAAAUGAACGAGACAGAGAACAUCCCACUUGCAGAAUACGAUUUCGAAAGAAAAUUCGAUGAAAAGGGGGCUCUCGAAUGGAUGCAAGAAAACUGGAGCAAGUCCUUUAUGUUCUGUGGGCUGUAUGCUGCGAUCAUCUUCGGGGGCCAACACUUCAUGAGAGAGAGGCCCAAGCUAAACCUGCGUCGACCCCUCGUCCUCUGGUCACUCAGUCUGGCCAUCUUCAGUAUCAUCGGAGCGGUCAGAACCGGUUGGUACAUGUUCCAUGUCCUCAACAAAAGUGGUUUUAAGCAGUCGGUGUGUGACACCAGCUUCUACAGCGCCCCUGUCAGCAAGUUCUGGGCCUACGCCUUCGUCCUGAGCAAGGCCCCAGAGCUGGGUGACACGGUGUUCAUCGUGCUCCGUAAGCAGCGCCUCAUCUUCCUCCAUUGGUACCACCACAUCACAGUGCUGGUCUACUCCUGGUACUCCUACAAGGACCAGGUGGCAGGCGGCGGCUGGUUCAUGACCAUGAACUACCUGGUCCACUCCUUCAUGUACACCUACUACGCUGCCCGGGCUGCGGGCUACCGGGUGCCGCGACCCUGCGCCAUGGUCAUCACGGCCACCCAGAUCAUGCAGAUGGUGAUGGGGCUUGCUGUCUUAGGCUUGGUCUACCACUGGAUGCACGAAGUGCGCUGUCCCUCCUACAUGCCCAACAUCGCCUGGGGCUCGCUCAUGUACCUCAGCUACCUGGUCCUGUUCGCCUCGUUCUUCUACAAGUCCUACCUCAAGGGCGCCACUUACAAGGUUGGCAAGGGAUCCAAGGCCGAGUAGGGGCCGGAUUCGUCAGAGGCACGUUGCACACUGGGCAAGUCAUAUUAGAGUGUGUGCCUAAUUGAGAAGAAUAUCGACGUUGUGCCAUGAUGUGAGUCACAACUGGUUUUAAUGGUUGCUGGGUCCACGGCAAUUGUGACAAGCCAUUUCUUUCCCCACCCACGACUUUGUAUAGCUGUAGCUUAUCUAACGAACUAGAACCAUGGAUUACAUGAUAAUAGAACGGUCAUUGAGAGUGGACCGGGGAACCAGUGGUCAACACAGUUUAAUAUACUAUGAUCGAUGGAUGAAAGAAAGGGAGUAGACAGAUAGAGAGAGAGGUCAGUUUGUGUUUGACUAAUGUACUACUCGCUUCAUUUUUGAUUUCUUGGCUUUGUUAAUCAAUCUCUUUGACCGGCUGCUUCAGUCAGAGUCCAGUGAAAAACAACCAUAUGUGGCCUGAGGCGUCUCCAAGGGCAGUUUACAACCGCGUUUGCAGUCUGCACGUUCAUUGAAUUUGACAGUCGCAGGUGUUCAUUCAUACAGAAAGAAAGACUCCUUUUGAAAUCUGGUGCUUUUUAGACCAGCACUGAGAAUUCUCUCACUAACUUAUAGGAAGUAUAUUGAAGUGAUGAUAAAAAGGCAUGAAUGAAGGAUCAUUUUUCUGUUUUAGUUGUAGGGAGUUUUCUGGGAAUGGGUGGGAGGAGCACUGAAGGGAUUGACACUCAGAACAAUGUGUCCAUUGUAAAUAAUAUAUCUUAAGAAUGUAUUUAUUUUCUUAAAAUAUCAAGUCUCUGGUGGUACUUAAAGUGUACCAGGAAAUAGUGUGACUCACUAAGUUCUGCCUGUCUUAAAUUGUGCAGUUUGAGUUUUGCACUUUUGUAUUUUAAACAGUUUUCUUUACAUCACAACAAUGCACUAUAUUGUUUUUUGUUUUUUUAAGUCCUUCUACAUCUGUUCAUUAAAGAAAGGGAAGUCCCCUGGCACCACAUUGCUUCUUAAAGGGAAAGGUCAUGGAGGUUAUCUUUGCUUCUUAAAGGGAAGGUCACGAAGGUUAUCAUAAUGUCUGUGUGAUAAGAGUUGCAUUGUCAUGUAAGAACUAUUUGAGUCUAAGAGGUCAACUUUUUUGAUUUUCACAUUUGAUAGAUAUUCCUUUACUACAUGGUAGAAGAAAAUAUCCAUAUGAAAACCAAGGAUAGCAGGAUAGGUUAUAACGUUACACAAACAGACACAUUCCUUUUUCUUUCCUCCUAUUUUAAAUAUGACCACCAGUGUAGAUUGGAUAGGGGCUCAGGUCAAGACAGCGAAAUAGUUUUUGUUGUUGUCUAGAAAUCUAGUAGAUGCAGAAAGUAGUGUCUUGUAAGCACACCUAACCACUCUUGAGUUUUAACCCUUGGCAGCUUGUGUGUGUCUUCCUUUAUGUUUAUUAUAGAGCUGUACUGUAUUAUCUCCCUCCUACCCAUAAUCCUAGAGCCAUACUGGUGUGAGUACAUGUUCUUUAAUUUUUUGUUUUUUAUCACACUGAGAGUAGUUACCAUGGCUUAAAGUACAGGGAGUCUUUUGAAGGGUAAUGGUAACCACUAACACUUGCCUAACACUUGCCUUCAUAAGCCCUACUUAUAACCCCCAUAACCAAAGCUGUGACUUCAAGUGUCAUAGAUCUCAUACUCUAUCUGUGGGUUUAUUAGCUUCCAACACAAAGUGAGACAGUCUAGCCUUUACACAACUGGUAGUCGCCAAAUGUCUUAAAGGGGAAUUUCAAAAUUGUUCAACUUCAUAUCCAUAAUUUCCAGCACUACUCCAACAUCAUGCAUCAUCUGGUGUGCAUCGUGUGAUUUUAACUAAGUAGUAGGCAAUGCCUACUCAUCAUUUGAAAUCACACCAGAUGAUGCCAUUGGAAAAACGUACCUUCCUUCAUCUUUUUGACUACAAAACAUAGAAACAUGCCAUUUUCACAUAUGUUGAUGUUGGGAUAGUGCUGAAUGUGAAGUUGACAUUUUUUUUUCAAUCAUUUCCUUGAAAUAGUGCUUCUAAUCCUAUUAUAAUGUUGUGUUUAUGAAGGAGUUACACUGCCCUUAUGUAAUACGCAUCAUAUGAGCUCAGCUGUAACACCUGAUGCUGGAGCAGGCACAUACUGUACUACCAUUAUUAUAGACUAGUCCAAUGAGCUUAGCAGUGUUUAGAAGUGUGAGUAUUUUUUUAAGGCCGUACUAAAUCUGCAAAGUACAUUUCUUUCACUUGGCUGUUGUUGUGUCAAUAAUGCUGAUAUUAUGAUCAUGAUGUGACAUUAUAAAUGUUGUCCACCCUCCACCUUGAAGCCGACGGUUGCAUUUUAGUUGUAAAAUAUCACAACGAUAAUACACAGGGUAUAAACUCAGUUUCUAAUACAUUGAUUCGUGUGCCAAAUGAAGCUUCAGCAGAUUUAUACUCGGUUAGGUAAAUGUGAGCAGGGUUAUUGUUUGUGUAUUGUCUUUGCUGAUGCAGAGUGUAAGAAAACAGGCUUAUGCAUCCCUGUGAGUAUGCUGUCUAGUGCGUAACUGAUAUGAAAGGGCAAAACAAAAUGUCUUAAGGGCUUUAAUGUUUCAAUGUGCAGAUUUUAAAUGUCAAAACAAUAAAUUCAUGUCUGUUUUGAAAGACUUA